CCAGGACUCGUCCCCCCUGGUCCCGCCAAUACUCUCCCUGCGCACAGCCCGCGAAGGGGGCCAGAAACCGAAGCCCGGGGGGCAUGUCCUGUGUGGCGGCGACUACUGUAACGUGCUGAAAGCAGGCACGGCGGGUGAGUUCGCCCACGGCCUCUUGGACUGCCCGGGGCUCCUGGCCAAUGGCGACAUAGACGCAGUGCAGUGGGGCGGUCGGGGAAGGGACAGGCGCCGCCGUGUUCUGGUUGGCGAUGAUCUGCAG